CUUCCUCCUGGGAGGAAAGAAGGCGAAAAGCCGCACCGAAGUCUGGCAAACAACGGCGAUAAAAAACUGCAGAAAGAAAAAAAUAAAACUUGUGCAGCGGCGGAGUUAAAGUCGCUGGUUGGACGUCGACGGUGUUUGUGAAGAGUUAAUGACAUAAAGUCGGUGUGAAGCUCCUGUUGUUGUUAUCAGACAGUCCACAGCUGUUACACCCUGUCAGGCUUCCCACCUGUGAGACAGUUGAUGUCAAUUGAUGUCAGGAGCCUGGGAUUUUAAUCUCACUCACACACACACACACACACACACACACACACAUAUACAGACAGGCUCAGUUGACAGCUGCUCAAACCUUAAAAUAUUAAACCUCAGAACUCGAGCUGAAAGUCACGGCUGUCAGGUUUUUCGGCAGGUUUGCUUUUCACCGUUUGAAUGUUUACUGCGCCUUCGCAUUAGCGCCACGGUAACACACAGGCUGUCACAGGCACGUUACUGAAGCUCUUUAUUGUCAGAUCCACCAACUUUUAGCCUCCACUCCAUGGGGGAUUUAGUCUGUUUACACAGUGCAGAAGCUCAUUUGCACACUUCACCUGCUUAUACAGUACACUCUCUAUCCUCAUUAUUUAUUCAUGUAUUCACAGCAGGACAUAACAGCUUUCCAUGCUAAUGCAAACACCUGUUGCUCAAAGCCUGUGCACCUGACUGUAACCUUCACAUUCAGUGCUUAAAGGCCUAUGUUUGGAAUAUUUUAUCUUUAAUAAAAUAUAUUUAUGUUAGGAGUCAACACUCUUUGGUCAAACACAAAUGCCUUCGAUUUAACUCCUUUCCACUAGCAUAAGGUUGUAUCCCAAAAUGGAUCGCAGCCUCCUGUAACUCAGGGCCUGUCACAGACCGGUUGUGGCCUCCGGGUGGGGCAGGUGGGGGCUUGGCGGUGGCAGACAAUCAAACCCUUCAGUCAUGCUGUCCGGGGUGCAGCCGUGCUUCCAGUUGCUUCGGAUCGGCUCGUCGGCGGGCGACUCUGCGCGGGACCUGUACACGUUCAGGCCGGCGCUGAGCCACUCGGUCUUCCGUCUGGGCCGGGCGGCCGAACUGUGCGACGUCACGUUGGACUCGACGUCGGUGUCACGGAUCCACGCCGAGCUGCACGCCGAGAGGGAGGCGAACGGAGGUGACGCAACGUCACAGGAAGAGGGAUGGAGGGUCCAUAUCAAGGACAGGAGCAGUCAUGGCACAUGGGUCAACGAGGUUCGCCUCCAGCCAGGCGUCCAGUGGGAACUCUCAGACGGUGACACGCUGACCUUUGGUGGACAGUCGGCUCCGGGGAGCUCCGAGUUCUACUUCCUCUUCCAGAAGGUCAAAGUUCGCCCGCUGGACUUCGAUGCCAUCACGAUUCCAAAGGCGGGAACCUUCUCCUCCGACUUACAGAACCGGAUCCGAACUAAUCAGGACCGCAAGGUGGCGGCGAACCUGGACCUGUCCAAGCUGUCCAUCAACCGCUCCACUGUAAUCCUCAGCUCUAUAGGCAGCCUGAGCAAGAUGAAGGGCAGCGCCUGGACCUUCCAGAGGAGCCACAGCCACGAGGGAACCGCCUCGGACCCCGGCUCCUCCUCCUCACCUCCUCUCGCCGCCGGCUUCUCCGCGCUGCUCCCGCCCUCCACGCCUCCGUCGUUCUCCUCCGCACCUUCGGCGCCUUCGACGAAGUCCCUGCCGCCGACCUCCCGGAGCAGGAGGAAGUCGGCUCACACGGUGCUCCUCGAGGACGACAGCUCAGACGAGCCCAGGAGUAGAGGAGUUGUGGCAGGAGUUGUGGAGGACGGACAGAGAGCGAGGGGAAAGAAGAGGCGGCGGCUCUACAAGUCAGAGUCGGAGGGUUUCAGCUCGCCUCCCCCUCUCCCGCUUCAACCAAACAAGAGCCACAACGACGUCAGGCGACCGCUGGAGGCCAAACCCUUCCCCGUCGGCAUCAGGACCAUCGGCAGUUUCCACGGCGCCAUGACAAACAGCAGACUCAACCACCAUCACCUCCUCCAGGCGUCUUUCACCAACGCCGCCAUACACAAACAAGAGCUGGAGACGAUGCGCCGCGUCCAGACGGUGAUGCACGGCAACAUCGUAGCCUUCCGCCAACAGAAAACAGCCCACGGUUCUCCGUCGGCGCAGAGAGGCAGGCGGAGGGCCCACAGCUCACCGGUUUUCUCUCCCCUAGUGGUGGGAGGUGAGAACUACAGCCUAGCCUCACCCUCAGUCAGGAUCCGCACCGAAGAGAGAGGCAGGGUGCAGUUUAACAGAUUUCACCAUCAAACCAGCAAGCGACGAGGCCGCCCCAGAAAACACCCUCUCCCUCCCCGGCCUUCCCUACCCUCUCCUUCCUCCUCGUCUUCCUCUUCCACCUCCUCGGCCUCGUCCUCCUCCGGCUCCUCCUCUUCCUCCUCCGAGGACGAGGACGACGAAGAGGAGGAGGACGAGGAGACGGCGGUGGGCGCGGUGGAGCCGUGCGCCGCCCCGCGGUGUCGGUUGCCCCAGCAGGACACGGUGCAGUGGAUCCAGUGCGACGUGUGCGACGCCUGGUACCACAUAGACUGCCUGCACGUCGACCGCAAGAAGCUCCUGAUGGACCCCAACGCCGACUUCCACUGCGGCUGCCACUGACGAGGAGCGAGGGGAAAGAGCUCAGGACGAUGAAACCAAAUGAAAAGCUCCAGUUUAAACUUUCAAGCUGUUGCAAGUUACAUUUUUUCCCCCAUAAAAUGUCUAUUUUCAUGCAGCCGCACCUGGACCUUUUUCUUCAAGAUAAGCUACAUCAUCCUACAUCAUCUAUUUCCCCCUAACGGCACUGAGCAGCUCUACUUAAGCAUGUGGUGCUUUACAAUCACCUCUAAAGCAACUGGUGAGGACAGGAAAAGAGGUUCGCUUCGGUUUAUGCAUCCUAGUCAUCCCGAGAUUGAGGAUUUGUGACCGAACUGUCACUAAGCUGCUCCACAAACCCAUUUGUCUGCACAGUUUCAGGGCCCGGCCUUUGGAGAGGGAGGUAAUUAAAUGUCUGGAAUGAUUUCAUUACGGCUCCGAAGCCUAGAGUGGUGCGAUUGAGGCGGGGAUAACAUGAUGAAAUGUUUCCGAGUACACUCCCUCCACGGUCGUCGCUGACCAGGGGGCGUGCAGCAUUCAAGAAGAUUAAUGAAAUGUUUCGGUUCAAGCUGCCAUGUUGGGAGUUUUAGACGUCUCUCAGAGCAGCCACCUUCACUGUUUUUACGAGGCAGGUUAAUUUUUUCAGAGCAGAAAAGGACCUUCGGCGAACUGUUUAGUUGGCAGUCAGAGUUGUUGGCAGGCCACAAAAAAAAAGCUCAAACCCACCCCUCCCCUCUUAAAGAAAACGGCUCUGGGCCGGCAUGUUCCCACCUCAGCGAUUAAUAAAAACUCAAUGAAAUAUUUUAAUGCAGCUUCCUCGGGUGGCAGCCAGCUGUCUGUGGGCGGGCGUGUGAUGUUUCAAGACAAUUAAACACGAGGAAAUGUGUCAGCGGACUUUUAUCGCGGCUGCCGAUGUGAGGUGCUCUCGGGACAGUAAUCAAACGCUUCAAGGCACUUCUGCUACUGUAUUCAGUGGGGGGGGUGCGGUGGGGGGGUGGACAGCGGGACGAUGUCAUUAUAAGACAGCAGAACUCAGGCGACCGCUGGUGUCGGAGGACUCAUCGCCAAUGAAAUGUCACAGCAGGAUGAAGAGCUUUAGAACUAUAUUUUACCUUCAUGUCAAAGAUGAUCUUUUGAAGUCUCCUCUUCACAUCAGUCGCCUCUUUUUAAGCAUAUCUUCACACUACUGAACUCUUGGACAACAGUGGAUGUUUAUUUGUUUUUUUUCCCCCUGGGUGACAUGGGCUGGACCUGAUUUGAGCUGAACAGUAAACAAGUCUUCGCUCAGGUGCUGGUAGAGGAGAAUAAAAUCAAAGUGUAGAUCUUCAAAUUCUUCUCUGAUGCACCUUUUACCUUUUUUAUUUAAUUUUAAACUUCCACUUAAGUUUGACUCACCAGGACAAAAAAAUAGUCUCUUUGUUUUUCUAAAACAGCAUUUUUUUUGAGCUGCUUACGUUCUGCACCAUAGUUCAAACUCAGAGCUAUUCAGAUAAUGGUAGUGUUAAAAAAAAAAAUCUAGAUUGUCUGAGCUGGUGUCGCUGGCUUGUUAGAAUAUGUAAAUACCACUAUGGCACAAAAUGGAAAAUAUGGAAAAUGUAGAUAACUCGAUUCUCAAACUUCACAAAAUGAAAAAAAAAAGUUGGAAAAAAAAAUACAAUAUAUAUGAACUUGUUAAUGACUGAUAUUGUGGACGACAAUGUUGCAGAUUUAAUACUAACGGUCGCUUUCUUCAGUCAAAUCAGAUGCGUCUUCGGCUCCGCUGAGGCUUGAAGAUUAUACAGCGACUGUCCUGCUACUUCGCCGCCUUCUCUCUUCUCAGCAGGACGGUCGGCUUCGCUUAACUAGAUAAUUGGGUAAGAAGCUGUCAAGACAAUGUUUAAAAAAAAAAAAAAAAAAAAAAAAAGUUUAGAAGAAAAACAUCUGAUGACUGGCUUCGGGACCACUUUUCAGUUCACUAGAUUAAUUCCAAAAUCUCCCCCAAAAAAAGUGUUCCUUAAAUGAUGUUUGCUGGAAUGAAUAAAUGUAGUUACUCGCUUUAGUCUCACUUUUAUUUUCUGUUUGAUAAAGCUAGUUUUGACAACAUAUCACCAUGAAAAUAGCAACUUCAUGUUUUUGAAUGUUGUGACCCUACUGCAGUAAUCAAUUAUAUAGGGCUUUACAUAAUAGCCUAAAACUAUAACACAUCUUUAACGCGUUUGAUGCAGUCAGAUGCUUCGUUUAAGUAUAAAAGUCAGUUAUUUUGGUUUUUAUACGUCUGGUUUUAUUUGCAGUUUCAUCCACCAGUACAGAUGUCAGCGUGCAUAUUUUUGUCUCUUAGAGCUCUACAGAUAUUUAAACGCCUGUUUAUGUCUUCCUGAGCUUUACUCAAAGAAAUGUGCCAUUUUCCCCUCCACCACAUCACUCGUUGACGUUCAGGGGUGUGUGUGUGUCACGCCGUUGUGUUAGCGCACCUCGGCGUGCACCCGUUGUUCACUUUCAUGUGGUGUUACCGAACAGUUGAAAAGGUCUUAAAACGGAUGUUUCUCCAAACAGUCACAGAUGUGUGUGUGGAAAAAAAAAAAACAUGCAGCCGCUGAGAGUGAGACUUUUUAAUUGGUGAGAAGCUAAAAUUGGCACAUUGUGACACAAACUGUACAACCUGAAGAAGAAGAAGAGAAAAAAAGUAUGAAACCUUUUGCAUAAUAAUUGUAAUUUAAGAUUCUGUCACAUUCAUAGUGAAGCCUCAUUCGAUGCGUCACACUGCUGUUUUCUAUGAUACUCAAUGCAGAUACAGUCUUUAUUCAAGACCAACUGAUUGAUUAGUUGAUCAAAUAUUUUGAUAAUCGAUUCAUACGGGACAUUUUUGUCGGUCACAGCUCAUCAAAACAAUUCGCUGCUUUUUCUUCUUCUGUUUUUAUGUUGUAAAUUUAAUAGUUUUGUAUUGUUGGUUGAACAAAACAAGUAAUUUGAAGACGUCAUCUUGAGCUGUUGGUAAUCGUAACGGGCUCACAAUUUUCUGACAUAAUCCAUCAAUCAAAAAUAAUGCAUAGAUUGAUUAAUAAUGAUAAUAAUAAUAAUAAUAAUCGUUAGCUGCAGCCCUAGUUGACAAGUGUUUUGUUGAAAACCAGUUGCAAAAAGAUUACAGCAAAGCUUCCAAUAGCUGAUAUUUCAUCCAAAAGUUCAGAGUCUGCUCCCAACAUUUUACUUUUUGUCAGCAUCUCUUCAGGGCAAACUGAACAACAGUCGACUUCAUGAAAGUUUAAUGGAAAUCAAACUUCCUCGCCCUAUUUAUGAACUGCUCCUCCGCACUUAUGGUCAGGAAAAAAAAAAAGCAUCAUCAAAGUCAUGAGCUAACCACAUAAGUGGCUGCUUAUUAUAAUAUUUAAUGAAUCAGCCUUACAUAUCGAUAACCGCAUGACUAACAGCAAUAGUUUCCAUCUGCGUUGCCUUAAAAACAAACAAACAAAAAAAAAGCUGCUUCAAAGCUUUGACAAAUCAAGUUUUUGGUCAUUUCACUGCUGCGGGCUCCUCACUGUGUUCAGUUUUUUUUCCAUCUGCUUAAUGUACAGCACACUUGUGUCAUUCAUAUGUGUUUAUUGUUCUGUUUACAGUUAAGAUCCCAAACGUCUGGACUCUUUAAAGCAAAAUCAUCCUCACAUACAAGUUGGGAAAUGUAGUUAAUCAAAGGGACUGUUGUUCGCUAAGUCUGUCGAACUAACUCUCAGUCUAAAGUUCACAAGAACUGUGAACUUUUUUUUCUUUCUUUCACACUGCCUUCACUUUAAUUAUCACAUUGAAAUGCAGAAACACAGCACAGUUUGAACUUUGUUGGUUUUGCGGGGUUGUACAGAAUUAAACCUUUUUGUCAUAAUUCUCUGAGAUGCCACCAGCGUCGAAGUCAUCAGGGAAGAAAUAAAGAAUAUUCAGAAAUUAAA